GUAUUUCAUUAUUCAAUUCAAUAUAUACUUUCUCUUUUCUCUUCUCUUUCUACUUUCAUAACAUAAGCAAAGUUGUUCAUAAUUUGAGAUGCAUUGAAAAGAGAAAAAUUACUUAAUUUUUCAUUAAAAAUUAGAAGUUUCAAGAAACUAAAAGAUCUAUAUUGUGAGCUUAUGUGGCAGCUUAUGUGGCUCAUGGAAUUUGGGAGCUUAUGUGGCUCUAGGUUUAGUUGAAAGAUCUAUAUUCUGAUCAUGGUAAACCAGGCGCAAUCUUGUGAUCUGAAGGAUUUGGUCCAGAAGUUUAUUCCUGAAUCAAUUGAUAGGGAGAUUGAGAAGACAACUUCAAGCAUCUACCCUCUGCAGAAUGUCUUCAUUCCCAAAGUCAAGAACUUGAAAGCUCCCAAGUUUGAUCUUGGCAAGUUGAUGGAGGUCCAUGGUGACUACUCUACGGAGGAUGUUGGAGUGAGAAUGGAAAGGCCUGCUGAGGAGCCUGUUGAGGCAGCAGCUGAGGUAAUUGGAGCUUAAAUGAAGCUUUAUGGGUUUCUUUUGUUUCUUGAAUGUUGUUUAUGGUUUUUCAAAAUAAGGUUCCAUCAACAUUGCUCAUAAUAUAGUUCAACAUGAUAGAACCAAGAAUAUUGAAGUUGACAGACAAUUUAUUAAGAAAAAGUUGAGCAAGGUUUUGAUUUGUAUGUCAGUUAGAAGAUAUAUUCACUAAAAGGCUUGGUAGUAAGAAUUUUCACCCCAUUAUUUGCAAGUUGAGCAUGAUAAGUAUUACGUGUUAUGUAAACUUGGAAGUGUAUUUGUAGUUACCAAUUUAGGGCUGGUUUGGGAUACCUCAAAAAAGCCAAAAAGUAAAUAAAAA